AUGGUGGCGAAGGUGAAGGAGUAUCCGUUCCCUCGGGUGCCGGAAGUGGCGUUCAUGUUUCUGACCAAAUUAAGGGCCGAUGCUUCUGGCGCCGAUGUGGGAGCUCUUCUUCAAAGGGAACCUUACCAAGGGCUCUACUCCAUUUACAUCCAUUCCAGCCCUUCCUACGUGGACGAGAGCCCUCUCUUCCGCGGCCGCAGGAUCCCCAGCCAGGUAGUGACGUGGGGGAAGUUCAACAUGGUGGAGGCCGAGCGGCGGCUGCUAGCCAACGCCCUCCUCGACGUCGCGAACCAGCGGUUCGUCCUCCUCUCCGAGGCCUGCAUCCCGCUCUUCAACUUCUCCACCGUCUACGACUACCUCGUCAACGCCCGCCACGUCCACGUGGAGGCCUACGACACCGCCGACGCCCGCACCCGAUACCACCCGGACCUCAUGCCCGAGAUGGCGCUGCCCGACUGGCGGAAGGGGUCCCAGUGGUUCGAGAUCGACCGCGACCUCGCCUUGGAGGUCGUAUCGGACAGGAGGUACUUUCCCAAGUUCCGGGGCUUCUGCAGGGACAAGCCCUGCUACGCGGACGAGCACUGCCUCCCCACUUACUUCGUCAUCGAGCACUCGGGGAGGAUGUCCAACCGGAGCCUCACGUGGGUGGACUGGUCGGCCGGCGGGAUUCAUCCCAAUCGGUACGUGAGAGGGGAGGUGACGGAGGAGUUCCUCGAGAGGUUGAGUCGCGGGAGCGGGGAGUGUUUGUACAAUGGCAAGAAGACGACUACUUGUUUCUUGUUUGCCAGGAAGUUUCUCCCUACUUCGUUGGUUAGGUUGUUGAGAUAUGCGCCUAAAGUCAUGCACUUUAAUCCCUAG